AACAAAUGUGCUGAUUUCGUAACAUUUCAUUUCAUCGCCGUAAUUUAAAGAAAUUAUGAGUUAAAAGUGUUAUCUUUAUCAUCAAGUUCGGCUUUACCUAUUUAAAUCAUGGCGUUGGAUUUAGUCAGCAUUGCACAGCCUCACUACAUACCCGGUUACACGGGCCAUUGUCCAGAGUACAAAUAUCGUAUUGGCGACACUUACGGCUCGACCACUCACAAGAUCCUGUUGGACCCUAGCGUCAACCAUUCCGAGAGACUCGUGCUGUCUGAUAGAACUGCUGAUGAUUUUCAAAUAUUCCGUCCGCCGCAAACUGACAUCGAUCUGGUGAAUGCGAGGUUUCGCAACGGCGACCCGGUCUACAAGCAUCCUAUGGUACCAGGAUAUGAAGGUUUCUUGCCACGAUUGAACGCACAGUUUGGCCAGCGGUACACUGUGGCCGCGACAGAAGCCCUGUCAGAGUUUCAGAAGUCCCAACUAAACCAGCGCGCUGCACGCAAUCAGCUGGAAAGGGUGGUUGACUUGCAGGCUGGGAAAGGACAACCUUGGGACCUUGUUGACAGAUUCUCUGCAACGGCGGAGUUCAAACUGCCCCUGGUGAUGGUAAGGCCAGAAUGCGCGGGAAUAUUACGGGAUGUGCCGAUGGACGAGCCGAAACUAUCUCCAGCCUCUCACUCUGUCAGCCCUUACUUUAUGGAGAAUAGCCAUCCAGACAAGUUUAUUAAGAAAGGUUUUGCUGGACAUGUACCCUACGGUUUCCAACGUUUUGGCGAGUCUUCAAAGAAGCUUACCAACUCGGCGCUAUGCGACUUCUCGUCUAACUACAGACGGCGGCAAAGCACCGAAUGGGCACCCGUUAAUGUAGUCAAACCCGACCCGCCCUUGUCCAUCAACCCGACGGAGAUCUACCAUAAACAUGUCGGAAUGCUGCCCAACUAUGCGGGACACGUUCCAGGCUGCGUGUUCAGAUUUGGAAAAACGUACGGCAACGAUACAAGAGACGCCAAGAGGUGGCUACGGGGUGACUUCACAUCAUAAUGAUAAUAAAUCAAUGGAAAGCUUCAGUGAAAAAAACAUUUUCAGUCAAUAAAUAGUAAAGUCUAGAUUUGAGACAAACUGACAAGUUUACAAGUUAGUACAAAUUGAUCCUAUCCUUGAACUAAGAACUUGGUACACGUCAAAUGAUUUUGGAUGAAAUAAAAUUAUACACAUUA